UUAUCGGUUGUGUUAGAUUUCUUUUGUUUCUUGUAUGUGCUCAACCAUAGUUUAAGAAUCUUGAUUUUUCUUUUACUGCUUCAUCUCAUCUAGUUUAUUAUUUCGUGAGAAUAUUUGAUUCUUUUCUUGAGGAAACUAGAUCUUGAUAAUUUCAUUAGAUUUUUUUUUAUCCUGACAAUGUAGUCUGAUAUCUAGACCGAAAGACAAGAGAUUAUAAUGAUAUUUGGAUAGAUAUGGUCAUAUAGACAGUACAUGCAUAACUAUAUGCAGUAGACUAAAUCUGUGGAUCAUAGACAUGGAUACACCAGCAAUGAGUAAAAAUCUUAAACCAUACAAAACCAAAGACGUCACCAUGGCUAUUAAAAAGGAAAGCACAGAAGACAGUGGUGUCAUAAGUUCUAGGAGUUCAGGACAGUUGGAGACAGGGCUAAUGGAGAAGCUGAUAACGCUGUCUCUAGAUGAGAAACCACACAACAGUGUGGAGCUGAUCGACAAACUAAACAUGCUUUCCUUGGAAGAGAAACCACAUAAGAAGAGUGAACCUCAGGAAGAUGACGAAUGUUCUGAGGAAUCUUUACGACUAACCAUCAAGGCAGAGGUCAAGGAUGAACCGGAGGACUCUAGGCAAUGUGAUAGACUUGUCAAACUUGCAGCUCCCAGCUUUGAAGACAAUGAGGAAUCAGGGGAGAAUGAACCAGAUGAUCCAGAUAAAUUGAAAGAUCGAGGACCAUCCCAUGGAGUUGCAACAUGUUAUUCCCAAGACAACCAAAGCCAUAUGAUUCAUGAUUACCAAAUGCCUGACAACUUUCCAGACUAUUCUAACAACUCUUAUGCAGGCCAUGUUCUUCCUAGUAAUAAGAGACAGAUGGACAAGUAUGACUGUAGUGAACCAUACAAAUACAGGCACCCAAAUCAGAAUGACCUCAGCAACCCAACAUCUGCUGUGACAUCUGUGGUCAGUAAUGUAAAGCAAAUGUCUGGCGGAACAGUGGUCACCUCCCCUGAAAUCAACAACCAAGAUUUCUUCAGUAGUUCCAGCGAUUUGGUGAACUUAGACUUCUGUAAUGAGUUUGAUGACUAUGGUGAUUACCAGGUUGAACAAACACUGGGCCUCAACAUCAGUGAGAAACCAUUUGACGAUGGGGUCAGCGAUGGAUACCUGAGCGACUUCAACUCACCAGCACACAGCCCACAGGAUUAUAAUAACUCUCCCAUCGCCCCCAUGUCCCACGAAUCUGGUGACUCUGGUGUCUUUAGUCCCAUGGGAGAAGACACUCAGGUAAGAAGUCCUCGACAGACAAAUGUGGACUCCUAUCAGAGUAGAGCUUCUCCGUAUCAGGUCCAGAUGUCCCCACAGCAGCAUCCCAGAAUGUCCCCUCCUAACCAGAGCAUUCUUUCCACCCCACACCAUCAGUUCUAUCAGAUUCCCCAGCAGGCUUACCAGCCUCAUCCAGCUGUCAAUGUUACUGGGAAUGUGAUGUACCAGCACCAGAUGAAUGUCAAUGUUUGCAAUGCAUCCCUCAAGUCACCACUGACCUGUCAGGCCACUUUUGUGGAUGAAUGUCAAGAAGACUUCACACAUCCUUAUGUAACAAGCAAUUUAGAUCAUCUACAAAAUGCUCUAUCAGUCAUCAGCAAUGACUUGUAUGAGGAGCUGAAGAUUAAGAAAGCCCAGUUGCCCUCCCACAACAUUCCCAGGAUCUUGGACGAGAAUGAAAGGCAGCCGAUGCUGACAGCUGAACCAAAACCUGCUUUAGAGAAAUCAGCUCAAUAUAAAAAGUCAACUCCACCUGCACAGAGCUUACCCAGCCCACCAAAUCCAAUGCUACCACCUACUGUGACAACCCUUCCCCAGACUGCAAAGAUUCCCAUUCCUCCUUUGAGCAGUAGUAAAAAAGUCUCGCCCAUCAUCAUCAAGUCCCAAGGUUACCCAGUCUCAAACAGUUACCCAGUUUUUGUGAUCAGCUCUAACCCUCUACCGCAGUCCAGAUUUAAAGAAAUUCGACCCAAAACAAUAAGUUCAACUAAGCCAGCCAAUGUAUGUGCAGAGAACACUGACUCCAACAGUAGCAACAGUAACAUGUCACCACCUCCAGCACCAACAACCACAGCAACAGUUCCUCAGCAGACGCAGAAUUCAAAUAAUAAUAAAGUUUCUCUCAUCACCAUAGCAAGAAGGAUAGUAGCAGGCAUGGACAGGAAUGAGUUGAUUAAGAAAGAUGUGGAUGGAGACACGGUUCUCCAUGUGUCUGUGUGUCGACCCAAUUGUUUGUACUUAGUUCAAGCACUUUUAGAGAGACUGAAUAGAGAAGGUCUGGAUGAUAUGAUCAAUGCUCAGAACUACAUGGGACAGACCCCAUUGUACUUAGCUGUUAGCAGCAACCACCACAAAGUAGUCCAGCUUUUGAUUGAGAAAAAUGCAGAUGUCAACCCUUUUGCAGAGUGCAAGCUCCCCAGUGGGUUGAUAGAGAAAUCUGCUGCCAUACACUGUGCCUCCUCUAGGGGUGAGGUCUAUUUAGAGACACUAAAGGAGCUGCUCAAAGCACCAGACAAUCAUGUUCACCUGUACAAUUCUGAUGGUCAUACACCAUUGACUUGCGCCAUACUCUGCCAUGGUAAGGUAGAAGCAGAUGGCUCCCGCCUUAAUAGCAUCCCCAUCAUACAAACUCUGAUUGAAGCUGGAGCAGAUCCCAACUUACAGACUCAGAAAAGUGGUAAAACAUCAUUGAUGUAUGCCUUGGAGAGUAAAGACAUAGAUUUGAUAGAGAAAAUAUUUCAGCUGGUGGACCCUGUCAAAUUAUCUUCUUAUCUGAAAAGCAACGCCUUUGAUGGGUCAACAUGUCAGAAGAUAGCUGACUCCUUGAAACCUCAUCUUAGCAAGAGGGACCAGAUCAGGCUUACAGAGUGUAUGAAACCGAAAAUCCAGCGCAAUGUCUAAACAUGAAACAAAGCCACGGUUAUCACUUAUUAGGGUUUCAGAUUUUGAAAUGUUGAUUUUUCUGUUUUUCAAUUCUCUUUUCGUUUUUACUAAAUGGCAAUUGAAUGAUUUUUUUAAGGGAAAAAACGUUCUCUAUCAUAAAGAUAUUGUUUAUCAACAUAAUAAGGC